GUACGCACGCUCGUCGCGUCCUUCAAGUAAAUGUUUUGUGGAGUGAAGUUUCCACAAACUUUCGAAGCUUCUAAAAACUUAGCAAUGUAACUUUUAACUGAAAUAAUAUUGCCUAACUUACCGUAAAUAUAAUUGAAAGUGCGUAUAUUACAGUUACACGGUGAUUUAUAGCGUUGUAAUACUGUAUAAAAUACAUACAAAGUUGAGUGAACUUGUAAGUAAAUGGUACCUUGUCCGUUUCACAUAAUUUAGUUGUUUGGUUGUGUGUCGCGUAUUCCUACAGGUGCUACUAAACUGAUUGUUGUGAAAUCAUGGAACCUAGCAACCAGUUGGGAAUGGUACUGCAGAAUUUUACUAACGAAAAACUAAAAAACAAAGUGCACUAAAACUGGGCAGUGGAUUCCCAUCGUGUCAUGGAAGAAAUGGAGCGAUUGUUCAAAAUGAAUACAAAUAAACUUUGUGUGGCGUAUAUUGUGAUGUUUUCGACAUGCAUCCUACAGUUUACAUCGUAUGCAGCAGAUACAACAGGACAAAUGCAGCCGCCGCGUUUUAGUAUGCAGCCAUCUUCUUCAAACAGCGUAGUAAGAGUUGGCACGACAAAAAUUUUGCAAUGUUCAGCGUUAGGCAUUCCACAACCGAUGUAUAGGUGGUUAAAGAACGGUGUUCCGCUCGGGGAUUAUUCUUCAGAACUAUUUUAUAAAAUCCACAAUACCCAGCAACAAGACGCCGGUUCUUACCAGUGUAUCGCGAAAAAUGACGUCGGGGCAAUUUUCAGCGAAAAGAAUAACAUUGUCGUCGCCUAUAUGGGGACAUUUGAUAAAGUCUCGGAAGAAACAAUCACUGCUGAAUCAGGACGGGCUGCUGUGCUAGAAUUUCCACACAUAGAAUCAGAACCACCGCCCUCAGUUAUUUGGCAAGAUGAGAACGGCGCCUUGAGAUAUGACCAAAAAUAUGCAGUCACUGAUGAACAUCAACUUGUUAUCCUGUCAGCCUCGCAUGAUGAUGUGAAAUCAUAUCGAGUAAGAGCAAUAAAUACUCAAUUAGGUAAAGAAGAAAACAGUCCUUAUAUUAACUUGGAUGUCUUUGGGGACGACAACAAAGAAGUGCCACCAGAAAUUAUAAUUAAACCCAAAGACAAGAAAAUCAUCAAAGGUCAAGAAUAUACAAAUUUGUAUUGUGUAGCUAACGCUCGACCCCUUCAUGAAUUAGAGACAUUAUGGUUCAAAGACGGAAUCAUGAUAGAUUUAGCGGGAAUCACAUUUGAUUUGAACGACCAAUGGAAUAGAACACUCAGUCUGAUAUCUGCUAAUUUGACACACACGGGACAGUAUACAUGCCAAGCCCGAUUGCGUACUGGUGGUUUCGCAACAGUCACAGCGUCUGCAAUGGUGACAAUUUAUGAAAAACCUGUAUUUUUAUCUAACUUAAAAUCGGAAACCUUUGGGGAAUUCGGCAACACAAUAGUAUUGGACUGCAACGUUCAAGGUAUACCUCUACCAGGAAUCACUUGGUAUAAAGAUGCAAGAAAAAUAGCAAGUGUUGGAGCCGAAGCUGCUAAUCACGACAAUGCCGAUGUUUAUGAUGGUGAAGGUCGUUAUAGAGUGGAAGUAGAUCGGUCACUUGUUAUCAGCAAUCUAAGGAUGGAGGACAUGGGCAUAUAUCAAUGCAUAGCUAGCAACGAAGCUGGGGAAUCGUCUAUCUACACCUGGUUAAAAAUUAAAACGUCCCCGCCAGUAAUGCAGACAGCGCCGAGCAACCUGACCGUUCUGGACGGGAAGGACGCUUCCAUCGCGUGCCGCGCCAUCGGAGCCCCCACCCCCAACGUAACCUGGUACUUCAAUGAUUCGCUAAUCAUCAACCUUUCGGGGAGGUUGCAAGCUUUGGAUGAAGGAGAUUUAUUAAUUACAAGCACGACUACAGCUGACACCGGGAAGUACACCUGCGUCCGUGCAAAUGAUGCGGGGAACGUUUCAGGGGAGUCUUUUCUAACUGUUCUCGUGAGAACGCAAAUAAUAGCCCCACCGGUAGAUACGCGAGUGUUAUUAGGCCAUACCGCAACGUUACAGUGUAAGGUUUCAAAUGAUCCGAACGUCAAGUAUAAUAUUGAUUGGUUCCACAAUAAACAGCCUAUGACGGCUGGUACCCGAGUGUGGGUGACAGCGGAGGGCGCGUUGACGGUGCAAGCCGUGCGCGCGAGUGACGCGGGCGAGUACACUUGCGUCGUGACGUCACCGGGCGGCAACCACACGCGGCACGCCACCCUCUCCGUAAUAGAACUUCCCUUCGCCCCCACCAAUGUCCGUGCGGUCAGGCUUGACGGGGCAACGCAGAGAGCCGUCAAUGUAUCAUGGACCACGGGAUUUGAUGGGAACUCGCCAAUACAGAAAUAUAUCGUACAAAGACGUGUUGUACCGGAAUUCGGUCCUACACCAGACCCGUUGCUGAACUGGAUAACAGAACCAAUGAAUGUGUCUGCGAACCAGCGCUGGGUCUUGCUAACUAGCCUCAAAGCAGCCACCUCUUAUCAGUUCCGCGUGUCAGCUGUCAACACAGUAGGGGAAGGGCCUGCGUCCGACCCUACCGAUGUACUUACAUUGCCGCAAGAAGCUCCCUCUGGUCCACCUGUAGGGUUCAUGGGAUCGGCCCGCUCAUCAUCUGAAAUAAUAACACAGUGGCAACCGCCGCUUGAAGAACAUAGAAAUGGUCACAUACUAGGCUUUGUCAUCAGAUACAGAUUGCGUGGCUACGAAAACAGUCCCUGGACUUACCAAAAUAUUACCAACGAAGCUCAAAGAAAUUACCUUAUUCAAGAUCUAAUCACGUGGAAGGAUUAUAAUGUACAAAUAGCCGCGUACAAUGAUAAAGGUGUGGGAGUAUUUUCGGACAGUUACACAAUUAAAACAAAAGAAGGUGUACCCGAAGCUGCCCCAGAUAAUGUUCGUUGUGAACCUUUUAAUUCCACGGCGCUAACAGUUUGGUGGACUCCACCAAACCCUCAGAAAAUAAAUGGAAUUAAUCAGGGUUACAAAAUGCAAGCGUGGAGAUGGGACGAUAACGAAGGCACGAACGUGGAACAAAAGCUAGUCAGCGUGCCGCCCAACUUACUUGACCCUCUGACUGAACAGUCGGCAAUCAUAAGCGGCCUAGAGAAAUUCACUGAUUAUAACAUUUCAGUGUUGUGUUUCACUGAACCAGGCGAUGGCCCACGAAGCGAUUUCGUUUUGAUAAGGACUAAAGAAGAUCUGCCAGACGAAAUAGUAAACCUGCAAUUUGACGAUAUAUCGGACCGAGCUGUACGGGUAUCGUGGUCGCCACCUAAAAAAUCAAAUGGUAUAUUAAUUGGCUAUAAACUUAGCUAUGCCAUCAAAGACGACGAAAAUUCAGUCAAAGAAGAACUAUUACCCCCGAAUAUUACGAGCAUAAAGGUCGAACAUUUGCAGGCAAGUACUCACUACAAAUUCUGGCUAUGCGCAAUGACCGCGGUGGGCGAGGGUCCCGCGCGCGCGGCCACCAUCCAGUCAGGAGUGGAGCCAGUUCUGCCGGACGCGCCUCGCAAUCUGGCCCUCUCUAACAUCGAUGCCUUCUCCGUACUUCUUCAAUUCACGCCUGGCUUCGAUGGCAAUUCUUCUAUCUCACUGUGGACAGUCCAGGCACAAACCGCCCGAAAUUCAUCAUGGGUGACAAUAUACGAAGUGAAUGCGCCAGACGCCCAGUCCAUCCUAGUGACUGGUCUGGUCCCAUUCACAACCUACCGGCUGCGGUUGAUCGCGACCAAUGUUGUGGGUUCCUCGCAGCCUUCCGAGCCGUGCAAGGAGUUCCAAACUAUUCAAGCGCCUCCGCAACACCCGCCGAGGAACGUCACUGUACGAGCUGUCAGCGCUACCAACUUGCGUGUUAGGUGGAUUCCCCUGCAACAAAGCGAAUGGUUUGGCAACCCCAAAGGCUAUAACAUCACGUACAAGCGGAGCGGGGCGAACGAGACCUUGUUUAGCGUGAUUGAUGACCACACAGCAAACUCACACAUACUACUCAAUUUAGAGGAGUGGUCUGUUUAUGAAAUACGUAUGACUGCUAUCAACGAAGUCGGUACUUCAGCAGAGAGUCCAACAGCCACAGAAAGAACUCGAGAAGCUGUACCUUCACGAGGUCCAAGUGACGUGUCAGCUAAUGCCACGUCAUCAACGACAGUGGUCGUCCUUUGGGGUGACAUCCCAGCACAAGACCAAAACGGUCUGAUCGAAGGGUACAAAGUUUGCUACGCCGCGGUGGUACCCCCGCCAAGACCGGAGCAUAAAAAAAUUGAAUGCCAGGCGAUACCAUCGAACCAAACACACACGAUAACGCUUACAGAACUCAGAAAAUAUGUGGUCUAUCAGAUUCAAGUAUUGGGUUACACGCGAUUAGGUGAUGGCGCCCUUAGCGACCCACCUAUUACAGUAAGGACUUACGAAGACACACCUGGCCCACCAUCCAACGUAUCUUUUCCUGAUGUAACAUUCACAACCGCGCGAAUAAUAUGGGACGUACCAGAAGAUCCAAAUGGCGAAAUAUUAGCGUACAAAGUUACAUACCACCUCAAUAACACAUCUCAGCACAUGUUUUCGAGAGAGUUCUUACCAUCUGAUAGAACAUUUAGAGCAACAGAGCUAGCUUCGGAGCGGUACUACCUGUUUUCAGUGACGGCUCAGACCAGGCUAGGGUGGGGCGGCACAGCGCGCGCCUUAGUACUGACGACCGUCAACAGAGCUGCGCCCGCGCCGCCCGCGCGGCCUAAUGUGGCCCGCUCACUGUUGCAGCCGCACCAUAUUACCUUCUCCUGGACCCCUGGGGACGACGGCUACGCGCCGCUUAGAUAUUACACAGUUCAACAAAAAGAGGAUGGUGGUACCUGGCAAACAAUACCGGAGCGAGUGGAUCCGUUCGCGACGUCUUACACCGCCGAAGGCCUGAAGCCGUAUACCGCUUACCAGUUCCGAAUUCGCGCCACAAACGACAUUGGCCCGAGUCGUUACAGCAACGCUACUGAGACUGUACGGACAUUGCCAGCAGCGCCAAGCAAAGCAGUAGAAAACCUACACGUGGUACCAAUAACGCCGAGCAGCGUACGCGUGCAAUGGUCGGCGCUAGGCGAGCCGCACUGGAGCGGCGACACGCGCACCGGCGGCUACCGCGUGUUCUACCAGCCGCUCACAGACUUCCCUACCGCGCUGCAGCAGACCAUGAAGCAAGAGGUGCCGGGGAUCAAGAGCGAAGAGGUGGUUCUAACCGACUUAUCAGUGGAUCGCAACUACGAGAUCAGCGUGUGCGCCAUAAACUCGCAAGGGGCGGGGCCCAGUGGCACGCCCGCGGUGGUGUGGGUGGGGGAGGCGGUCCCAACCGCCCCGCCCAGAGACGUCGCCGCAGAACCGCUGUCUCCCACUGAGGUCUCGCUCAAGUGGCAACCACCCCUACUCGCGCAACAGAAUGGAGACCUACUGGGGUAUAAGAUUUUCUACCUUAUGACGGAGUCGCCAGAAGAGCCCGAGCUAGGCAGAAAGGCUGAAGAGGAAAUUGAAGUAGUACCCGCCACCGCCACGUCACAUUCUUUAGUGUUUCUGGACAAGUUCACUCAGUAUAAGAUUCAGGUGUUAGCGUUCAACCCAGCCGGCGACGGGCCGCGCUCGAGCGCUAUACUAGUGCGCACACAACAAGGCCUGCCGUCAGCGCCGCGCAACAUUACCUUCAGCGACAUCACUAUGAACAGCCUGGUCGUGACCUGGGAAGCGCCCUACCGCCGCAACGGGCUCAUACAGGCCUACCUCGUGACGUAUGAGACGGUGGAGCAGGAUGAACGGUUCAGCCGCCAAGUGAAGCAGAAAGUGGAGGAGCGUCGCCUCGCCGUGGGCGGGUUAGAGGAGGAGGUGGAGUACGCCUUCACGGUGCGCGGCGUCACCAUCGGCGCGGGCGCCGCCGCAGCCGCGCGCGUGCGUACUGGCCCCCAGGCCGGUUCCCCCGCGCCGCCGCGUUCACUACGCCUGGCGCCCGAUCCCGCCGCGCUGCACCUCAGCUGGGAGAAUGCGCCGUCCGGAAACGGCCCACUGCUGGGGUAUUACAUCGAGGCCAGGAAGAAAGAUGACGCAAGAUGGGAGACUAUAACGCGCACCAGCAACGGAAUGCUAGUUGAGUUUACGAUAUCAUACCAGAGUUUGCUGCCGUCAACGGCUUACUCGUUCCGCGUGAUAGCGUACAACAAGUACGGGAUAAGCAACCCUACGUACAGCGACAAAGUGAUCGUAACGCCUUCCAAGUUGUACCUCGAGUAUGGAUACCUGCAACACCGACCGUUCUACCGCCGAACUUGGUUCAUGGUGGCGCUAGCGGCCGCGUCUGUGAUCAUCAUUAUUAUGGUCAUCGCGAUACUUUGCGUGAAGAGCAAAAGUUAUAAAUACAAAAAGGAAGCCCAAAAGACGUUAGAGGAGUCACUGGCAGGCGAGACGGACGAGCGCGGUUCACUGGCCAUGGAGCUGUACCGCUCGCGCCAGAACUCCGUGGCAAGCGUGGGCGCGCUCGGCGCCGGCGGCACGCUGCGGCGCAAGGCCGGCGCGCUCGGCAAGUCCCCUCCGCGCCCCUCCCCCGCCAACGUCGCCUACCACAGCGACGAGGAAAGCCUCCGCGCCUACGACGAAAACCCCGACGACUCCUCCGUCACAGAAAAACCAUCCGAAAUGAGCUCCACGGACUCGCAGAAUUCGGAGAGCGAGAACGAGAGCGUUAGAUCGGAGCCGCACUCGUUCGUGAACCACUACGCGAACGUGAACGACACGCUGCGCCAGUCGUGGAAGCGGCAGCGGCCCGUGCGCAACUACUCCAGCUACACGGACAGCGAGCCCGAGGGCAGCGCCGUCAUGAGCCUCAACGGCGGCCAGAUCGUCAUGAACAACAUGGCGCGGUCCCGCGCGCCGCUGCCCGGCUUCUCCUCCUUCGUAUGACACGAGCCGCCCGCGCCCGUCGCGGCGCCGCUGCAAGCCGUGCACAUGUAGCUUAAACACUGCCCUGUCUAAAGUCCGGUCGCCGAGCAGAUAGAAUUUCGUCCAAUGACCCCAAGCUACCUAUCAUUAUCAUCUCAGCCAUAGGACGUCCACUGCUGAACAUAGGCCUCCCCCAAUGCUUUCCAUGUUACCCGGUUGGUAGCGGCCUGCGUCCAGCGCUUUCCUGCUACCUUUAUGAUGUCGUCGGUCCACCUUGUGGGUGGACGUCCUACGUUUACCGGUACGCGGCCUCCACUCCAGAACCUUGCUGCCCCAUCGGCCGUCAGUUCUGCGUACUAUGUGCCCUGCCCAUUGCCACUUCACUCAUCGCUCGCGUGUAAUUAUAUUGCUGUCGCUCUGGCACACUCACUGCGGCCGCCCAUCGCACAGUCGCGACAGCAAUAUAAUUAAGUGCGAGUGAUAAGGAUGGCAAGCUUGGGGUCAUUCGACGAAAUUCUAUCUGCUCGGCGACCGGACUUAACAUAUUUUGUACAUACUAGGACUUAAUUGGGGCGAUUCGAGUUUGAACUACGACUCAAACGAAACCGAAAGUGUCUCUUUUUCGCUUUAGUCGAUACAAACGAGACUGAAGCUAAAAAUACAAUUAUCUUGUAAACAUUAAAUAGAUUGAGCAUGAAAUUUUAUCUAUUCCUCUUCUAUUUUAUCUAAAGAAAAAGGAUAGCCAUUGGUUUCGUUUAGUGAAUGGUUCCAUAGUAAUCGCCAACACUGCCCAUCUUAUUCAUUAUCUAUUUUUGUACAUAUUAGCGUAGAUUAGCAAUUUAGGAAAGGCAGCUAGCGUAAAAAUCUUAGUAGCCAUUAUAAACGAAGAUCGUUGGAUGUAACUACAAGAUCAUUUUAUUCGUUGUACUACGACCAAUUAAAGUAAUUAUGAUGUUACUAUGAUACGAGAUCUCGUUACAUUAUUAAUGAUAGUGUCAUUGCAUAUGGUGAGCCAUAAUAAUAAUAAAGUAUAUUUAAAAAUACAAAAAUAAUAUUCCCUUCUUGAUAAGCAAGCAAUUGUAGCAUAAUUAAUUGUAUUGAUUUGUAGUUAAUGAGGCCUCUAAUAAUUUAAACUUCCUCAUGUAUCAUUCAUCAACUAUACAAACCAGGGAAAACAAUUAAAAUUUUCUUGAAUUUUAUUAAGAUAUGUAUAGGAAGUUGUAAGAAAUACAUUUCAUUGGUGCUGCCAUAUUAACCAUUUUGGUAAAAUAUUGUUUUAAUGAUAGUGAUUACAUAAAUCAUAGAUUUAUGUACCUGCAUUAAUGUGAUGAUAUUAUAUUAUGUAUGCUGUUAAGUUUAUUGCAGUAAAAUACAAAAAUAUAGUGAUAUAAAUGGUUCACGGCUUUAUAAUUUUAUAAUAUACAAAGCAAAUUUUGAAGCCUUACAAUCAUAAUCGCCGACAACAUUGAAAAUAGUUGCGGCAACUCUUUUAUGUAAUUUAUUAUAUUCAUCUUGAAAGUUUUACUGAUGAUAGUGUUCAAAUAAAUCCGUGAUUUAAUUUCUAUAUGCAUAAUUUUGAUCAUACAUAGGUGGCAUAUGGUACAUAGGCAUCAAAACUGCUGGUUAUUGUAGAAAAGAGCUCUAUAACUGAUAGCAUUUACAAACUUGCGAUCUCUAAACCACAAAAGCCGGACUCUGUGCUUCAUUUGGCCGGACACUUAACCCUAAAAGCCGGACAUGUAACGGGGGGGGGGGGGGACAAUUGGUGUGAGUACUAUCAUCAUCGGUUGCCCAACAUCAUGAUGCGUGCGCUUCAUAUUAUUCUGUGGCUCGACUUUCGCCUGGCACGGCAGCCAAAUAAAAAAGCCGGACAAGCCAAUAUUUGGCCGGACAAGACCGUAAAAUAGUAAAAAGCCAAACAUGUCCGGCUUAACGUAAAAUUUUUUUGAGUUCCGUAACAAAUAACCUUUACUAUGUAAUGUUUCUUUGCAGUUCGUUCAUCAUUUGUGCGAUCGCACUUUACAGCUAAACGAAAGUCCUUGUCGAUACAAAGUUGUCGAGCUAAACUGAUUUUUAUAAGAUAUUUGUGGGAGAUUAAUCUAUUACUUUUUGCUGAAAGAACACCAUUUUAUAAAUGUUGGAUGUAAUGUGAAAGUACUUAUGAUGACGUAAUUUUUUUUAUACAGGGUGUCCCAAAAACAAUGGAUAACCCUGUAACCAUCGAUAGGCCUCGCCAUGAUCUCCCUAACGUCCAUUUUUGACCCCAGUAAAAAUAUCACCGAUGUAGUGGAGGCUAUGUAUCGGAAAGCGCAUCGUAGGACGUCCACCUACAAAGUGGACCGACGACCUCAUAAAGGUAAUCAGGAAGGUGCUGGAUGCAGGCCGCUACCAAGCGGUCAUUAUGAAAAUCAUUGGGGUACAGGCCUAUGUUCAGCAGUGGACGUCCUAUGGCUGAAAUGAUGAUGACGAUGAUGAUAAAAUGUUGCUUUAUUAAAAUUCCUACGCUAAAAAUUAUCCAUUUGUAUUUGAUGCCACUAUGCAGUCCUAGUUUAACUAUUACGAGAAAAACUCAUUUUUGCAGUUUUCAUACUAGUUGCUAUUCAAGUAGCCAUAAGAUAAAAAUAAUACAGAAUACAUAAGCUUGUGAUACCUUUUCAGAAUCUCAAUUAACCAAAGAAGUUUUUAAGGUAAUGGGCACGAUGGUCUUCCUACAUUUUUUUUACACGAUGGCUGAUCAAAAGUGCAAGACAAUGAAUUAAUUUUUCCUUCUUCUCUGCAAUUUCUUAAAAUUUUCAUACUUUUAAACUAGUUUGUUGAACUUUAAUCUUUUCUUUUGAUAGCCCAACUAUCCCUUGUGAUAAGGAAAAAAACUAGAUUGAAAAGUAUCCUCAUUUGUAGAAAUGGCAUGAGGAAAAGUAAUCGCAGGUGGCAAUUUUCUAAAAAUGCACAAAAACUUAAAAAUCUUGAAAACGGUGAUAUUUUUACUGGGGUCAAAAUUGGACGUUAGGGAGACCAUGGCGAGGCCUAUCGAUGGUUACAGGGUUAUCCAUUGUUUUUGGGACACCCUGUAUGUAAUUUGGGACCUAUUUUGAGGAACGACGAAACAAUAAAAACUACUCAAGAAUAUAAAUAAUGACCAAUAUAUUAUAGUAAUUGUUAGACACGAUACUAUUAUUAUCAUAUCGAUUGAUGAAUAAAUAGUAUAUUGUGUUCGGUGAACGUAAUGUACCCAUAUCACAGCUGAAGCCACUGACCAAUAUUUAAUGUUUUUGAAUUGUAACUAUUACAAAACUUAAAUAUUGGUAUAGCUUAAAAAACUCCACAGUUGUAAGCAUUUUCAUAAAAAAAGAAUAAGGAAACGUUAAUAAAGACUAUCAAGUAGUUUUAUUUUAGAUAGAUAAUUAUUUAAUUUAGGUUUUAUUUAUAAGACUACUUUUCGCAGCUUUUUAAUUAUUUUAUAAAAUAACGUAUUAUUAUAAAAUAUGCAAUUGACUGAUAGUUUUAGAUUUUAAUCAUGUUUGUUAUUGUAAAUAUUCUUUUUAUAUAUAAGGCAGCUGCAUUUACUAGCGAGAUUGAAUUUGGCACAACUUUAAAAAUCUGUGAUCUAUGAUGUUAUUUUAUAUAACUUGUAACUGAACUCGAAAUAUCUUCUACAUAUUCCACCAAAAUUUUACAUCUAAUCACUUAUUAGAAUAUUUAACAUUUAGACAAAAUACUCUAUAAACAGCUCAGUUAAUUUCCCAUAAAAUAGAUUUUGAUUGGGAUACAGAAUUUUUGAUUAUGUACUUUUAUGUAUUUUCUAAUCCACCUGUAUUUCUGCUAUUAUAAGAUAAAGAUAGAAUGAAAUAAUUAAAAAUUAUCCUGAAUUUUAUGCUAGUGAUAGAUGAUUGUUAUACGAAAUACGAAUAUACAAUCCUUACACUGAAAAACUAUCAUUAAUGGACUAUUCAUAUACCUACUUACUUAAAAAAACUUUACAAAUUUUAAUUGUAAACAUAGAUUCCUCAAUAAUAAUUCCAUUAUGAAAGUUAUUAGGAAUAGAAAUAAUAGACUCGUAUAAUAAGCGUCAUAGACAAGGUUUAAGAACACAACUGUAUUUUAUACCAUUUUCUAGAGAGACUUCCUUGGCACGGCUGGAUAUUGAAUAAAUUAAUUCUCGCCACAUCAUUUAUGUGAUAAUGUGGUUAGAAGUACCUUUGCAUAAAAACAGGCAGAGAAAUCCAGUCAUUUUUAUACUACCUAAUAAAAACAAUAUUAUAAUUUCUUUAGGCCACAUGGUCAUAACUAUUUUAAAAAUUACGAAAACAAUGCAAACAAAUUGAAUGUUACGGCUUCAGAGGUUUAUCUCAAUUUGAAUGUGUAAUCCAAACAAAACUGAAAAACUGUUUUUUUACAGGUGCCAUUGUUGUAGACUAUUUGGAUUUUUGUAGAAUAAAAUAGCCAAAUACUAUUAGGUCUAACCAAAACUAUGUACAUACACUUUUUAAUUUGUUACAUAAAUAAUAAUAUUGGCACCUUAUAGUUUAUGGGUAUACUAUGUAAAAUGAACCUCUGUAGACAAUAUAUGGAAGAUAUUGUGUA